CCAGCAGUGUCGGUGGGAAAUGUUGGUCAACUGGCAAUAGAUUUAGUGAUUUCCACGCUUGACAUGACUAAAGUUGGUUAUUUCUACACUGAUUGCUUGGUGCCAAUGGUUGGAAAUAAUCCAUAUGCAACAGCAGAAGAAAACUCAGUGGAGCUGAGUAUAAAUGCUGAAGUGUAUUCGUUACCUUCAAAGAAAUUUGUAGUUUUGCAGAUCAGAUCACCUUUUAUAAAGAACAAGUACAGGCCAUUUUGUCAGAUGCUGCUUUCUUGGGUGAAAAGCAGCAAAUUUGCCAGAGUCAUUCUUCUGUCUAGCAGCCAUGCAUACCAGCGUGAUGAUGAGCAACUUCUGGGGACACCACUACGCUAUCUGCUGACACCUGAUCUCGAGAAAGCAAUUGGAGGCCUUAUGCAGGAGCUAAAAUGGAAAGAAAUGGAAAAAGUAGCAGCUUACCCUGGAAUAAAUAAUACAGAGAAAAUUCUACAUAUUCCUGGAGGUGGCAUCACAAAGCUAUUGUUUAAAGAGAGCUGUUCAAAAGGAAUCCAAAUGGCAGUUCUUCUCAAAUUCUGCUCAGAAGGGGAUAACAUCCCUGAUGCGUUUGCUCUUGUUAACUAUCUUAAUGAAUGGCUCCAGCUAAUUAAAAGUGAAAGCAACAAUUCCACAGAUAGUUCUUCACAAUGGAAAAUACCAAGUUCUUGGCGCUUACUUUUUGGCAACGGUCUUCCACCGGCACUCUUCUGAUCAGUUUUGAAUUCUUCUGUAAGUCACGUGUGCGGUCUUAAAUGUCCCUUCAGAAGGUGAUUACAGAGUAAUUGCCAAGCAACAGCAGCUUAAUUUGUUGUGUACAUAUAAGUUCACUAUUUAAGAAAAUUUCCUUUCGCAUAUGUGGGUGGCUAAAGAAAUUAAGGUAACUUUCACAAAUUGACCAAAGAAAUAUGUUUUGUACAGUUGUUUAUUCAAUAAACUUUGGUUGAUUUCUUUUCCUAAUAAAAUAUUUUUU